AUGUUCCUUUUAAGUGGUUGGUACAUGGUGACGAAGCGUUCUGCACGUGGACACAUCACUGGAUCUACCACCGAUAAGAAGCGGGUAACUAAUAAAACCCAAUUACUGAUGAUCAAUCCUGCAGUUGAGGCAGGUGGCUGGCCUGCAGAAGUGCCAAAAUCACAGCAGCAACAAGUUUCUUCUGACAAUAGUCAGCACUCCAAUAAGGGCGAGAGCAGUGCAAGUUUUUUACGAGCAGCGCGAGCUGGAAAUCUAGAUCGUGUACUUGAACUACUGCGUUUGGGAACUGAUAUCAAUACAUGUAAUGCGAAUGGACUCAAUGCGUUACAUUUGGCCUCCAAAGAAGGUCAUCAUGAAGUGGUUCGCGAACUUCUAAAACGUAAAGCAGAUGUUGAUGCUGCUACGAAGAAAGGUAAUACAGCGUUACACAUAGCGUCAUUAGCAGGACAAGAAUUGAUCGUCACAAUACUUGUUGAAAAUGAUGCUAAUGUUAACGUACAAUCAUUGAACGGUUUCACACCACUCUACAUGGCUGCGCAGGAGAAUCACGAAUCUGUUGUACGCUAUCUUCUUGCACACAGUGCUAAUCAAGCUUUGGCUACAGAGGAUGGCUUUACGCCAUUAGCAGUUGCCUUGCAGCAAGGUCACGAUCGUGUUGUAGCUCUCUUACUUGAGAAUGAUACACGUGGAAAAGUGCGCCUGCCAGCAUUACAUAUCGCUGCUAAAAAGGAUGAUACGAAAGCAGCUACGUUAUUACUUCAAAAUGAGCACAAUUCGGAUGUGACUUCGAAAAGUGGUUUCACUCCGCUCCAUAUCGCCGCUCACUAUGGAAAUGAGAACGUAGCACUACUGCUGCUCGAAAAGGGAGCUAAUGUGAAUUACCAAGCAAGACAUAACAUAAGUCCCUUGCACGUUGCAACAAAAUGGGGGCGUGCAAACAUGGUUUCGUUAUUGUUGGCUCACGGAGCCGUUAUUGACUGUCGCACGCGUGAUUUAUUAACACCAUUACAUUGCGCUUCUCGGUCGGGCCAUGAUCAAGUUGUUGAUUUAUUGCUUGAAAAAGGAGCUCCAAUCAACGCUAAAACAAAAAAUGGUCUGGCUCCUUUACAUAUGGCAGCACAGGGUGAUCAUGUGGACAGUGCUCGAAUUCUGUUGUAUCAUCGAGCUCCGGUUGAUGAUGUUACCAUUGAUUAUCUCACUCCUCUUCAUGUGGCUGCCCACUGCGGACAUGUCCGUGUCGCUAAGCUUCUGCUGGAUCGUAAUGCCGAUUCAAAUGCUCGGGCCCUCAAUGGCUUCACACCGUUGCACAUAGCUUGCAAAAAAAAUCGCAUUAAGGUUGUCGAACUGUUGCUGAAAUACCAUGCUGCCAUCGAGGCAACUACAGAAUCCGGUCUGUCGCCGCUUCACGUCGCUGCUUUCAUGGGUGCUAUAAACAUCGUUAUCUACUUACUGCAGCAGGGUGCUAAUGCGAAUGUAGCUACUGUACGCGGUGAAACACCUCUUCAUUUAGCUGCACGAGCGAACCAAACCGAUAUUGUCCGUGUUUUGGUACGUAAUGGAGCCCAGGUGGAUGCCGCGGCACGUGAGCUACAAACACCAUUACAUAUUGCAUCACGUCUUGGCAAUACUGAUAUCGUUAUCUUGUUGCUGCAGGCAGGCGCAUCACCAAAUGCUGCUACACGGGAUCUCUAUACUCCUCUUCAUAUUGCUGCCAAAGAGGGACAAGAGGAGGUGGCAGCAAUAUUGAUAGAUCAUGGUUCCGAUAAGACAUUGCUUACCAAGAAAGGUUUUACACCGUUGCAUUUAGCUGCUAAAUACGGCAAUUUGCCGGUAGCGAAAUUAUUGCUGGAACGAGGAACUUUGGUUGACAUUGAAGGCAAGAACCAGGUGACACCUUUGCAUGUAGCAGCACAUUAUAAUAACGACAAGGUAGCGCUGCUGCUUCUAGAAAGUGGUGCUUCCGCACAUGCCGUUGCCAAGAAUGGAUAUACUCCUUUGCAUAUUGCUGCAAAGAAAAAUCAGAUGGAUAUUGCUAGCACUCUUCUUCAUUAUAGAGCAAAUGCGAAUGCUGAAAGCAAAGCUGGAUUCACGCCGCUUCAUCUUUCUGCCCAAGAGGGUCAUCGCGAAAUGGCUGCUUUAUUAAUUGAAAAUGGAGCAAAGGUCGGAGCUCAAGCAAGGAACGGUUUGACACCAAUGCAUCUGUGCGCACAGGAAGAUCGUGUUAAUGUAGCUGAAGAACUGGUGAAGGAAAACGCAGCCACUGAUCCCAAAACGAAAGCAGGAUAUACACCACUACACGUUGCUUGCCAUUUCGGGCAAAUAAAUAUGGUCCGUUUUUUGAUUGAACAUGGCGCGCCAGUUUCAGCCACUACUCGUGCUUCCUAUACUCCGCUGCAUCAAGCUGCUCAGCAAGGGCAUAAUAAUGUUGUGCGUUAUUUGUUGGAGCACGGUGCUAGUCCAAAUGUCCAAACAUCGACAGGGCAGACUCCAUUAUCAAUUGCGGAACGUUUGGGCUAUGUAUCCGUAGUUGAAGCACUUAAAACAGUAACCGAGACUACCGUGAUUACGGAGACUACAACUAUUACUGAAGAAAGAUAUAAACCUCAAAAUCCCGAAGCAAUGAAUGAAACUAUGUUUUCUGAUUCAGAGGAUGAAGCACCGAAUACAUUGGAGGAGGAUGCGUCACAUCUUCGUGUCCUGACACACUCGCCGUUACGCUUGUCAACAGAUGACCAUGACCUGAGCUUCUUUCCCAAUCACACUUCAAGCCCCUAUCCUUCACCUGGAGCUACUCUGAUUUACUUAUCACGUGAUGAUAAUCAGAUAACAGCCAAUGCUCAUGCUCAUGAUUUCUCAGAAAGCCUCACGAAAGGUUUGCAUGACUCAACUGGUGUGCAUCUGAUUCAUGCUACAGAACCGAUGCUGUCAAGAAGCCCAGAAGUAGAAGGUGUGGAUGGCGAUCUGGAUGCUUUAAUUCGCAAAGCACAACACGAACCCGUUACUACAGCUAUGGUUGAUCCUUCUUUGGAUGCAUCGCUUUCUGACAGUGUUCCAGCAAUAAGAACUACCGUGCAACCUAGCAAACUUCUCCACAAAACCUUUUUAAUUUCGUUUAUGGUGGACGCACGUGGUGGAGCAAUGCGUGGUUGCCGACAUUCUGGUGUAAGAAUCAUUAUACCACCAAGAAAAGCACCACAACCUACACGCGUCACAUGCAGAUAUCUUCGAAAGGAUAAGUUAGCACACCCACCACCACUAAGUGAAGGUGAAGCGCUUGCUUCGCGUAUACUUGAGAUGGCACCACAUGGUGUAAAGUUCUUGGGUCCUGUAAUAUUGGAAGUACCACAUUUUGCAUCACUUCGUGGACGGGAGCGAGAGAUUGUUAUUUUACGUUCUGAUGAUGGGCAACACUGGAAAGAGCAUCAGCUAGAGGCGACAGAAGAUGCCGUACAAGAGGUACUGAAUGAAUCAUUUGAUGCAGAAGAGUUGUCUCAGCUUGAUGAUUUGCAUACGUCACGAAUUACGCGUAUCCUUACCAACGAUUUCCCUAUGUAUUUCGCGGUCGUUACUCGUGUGCGGCAGGAAGUACACUGUGUUGGUCCAGAAGGUGGUGUAAUACUCUCUUCAGUUGUUCCUCGUGUACAGGCUAUAUUUCCGGAUGGCUCUUUGACCAAGACUAUCAAAGUAUCUGUACAAGCUCAACCAGUUCCACAAGAAAUAGUUGCUCGUUUACACGGGAACAGAGUUGCAGUAUCCCCAAUUGUAACUGUUGAACCUCGUCGUCGCAAAUUUCAUAAACCCAUAACGUUGUGUAUUCCAUUACCACAAAGCUCAAAUAAAGGAAUGUUAACACAGUACAGCGGUCAACCAGGACAGGAACCACCGACGCUUCGUUUAUUGUGCAGUAUAACUGGUGGAUCUGCUCCUGCUCAGUGGGAAGAUAUUACUGGAACUACACAGUUAACAUUUACUGGCGAGGAUGUUUCAUUCACAACUACUGUUUCUGCUCGAUUUUGGUUGAUGGACUGCCAAACUCCGCGGGAUGCAGCGCGAAUGGCACAAGAAGUUUAUAAUGAAGCAAUUUCAGUUCCGUAUAUGGCUAGAUUUCUUAUUUUUGCUCGACGAACUUUUCCUAAUGAAGGACAGUUGAGAUUGUUUUGUAUGACUGAUGAUCGGGAAGAUAAAACCUUGGAAAAACAAGAACAUUUCAUUGAAAUUGCUAAAUCGAAAGAUGUCGAAGUUUUAAGUGGACGACAUCAGUUUUUGGAAUUCUCUGGAAAUAUCUUUCCAAUAACCAAAAGCGGCGAUCAACUUUCGCUUUAUUUCUUGCCAUUCCAAGAAAAUCGUCUUGCUUUUAUGAUAAAGACACGUGCUCGCACAGACAACGAAGCCGCUGCUGAUGGACGAAUAUCAUUUAUGAAAGAACCGAAAAUGCGAGCCGAAAGUUUGCCUCCUCAGACGCCAUUAUGCACUCUUGCAGUCACUCUUCCGGAAUACACUGGACCGAUUUCCAAAAAGCCCUUCUUUUCGGAAGCUCUUUUGACGGAGAAGUACACUGAAGCUUUGCAUGAAACUGCUGAGCCUGAGGACUUGCCACUACCGCACGUUGCACGACUCAUUGGUGCCGACUGGCAUCGAUUGGCUCGAGCACUCGAAGUACCUGAUAUUGAUAUACGGCAAGUUCGACAUCAGCUAGUUGGCCUUGAAGCAAUUACUGUUUUGCGAAUUUGGAUGUUUUUGAAGAAAGGACAAGCCACACCUGCUAUUUUGCGAUCAGCGUUACAGCGAAUAGGACGUGAUGAUGUUGUACGAGAAAUUAGUCGGGUUGAAAAGCCGGAUGAUUUGGAAGGGACACCCGUAUCACAUAUUUCUGGACCUUCAGUAACAAUAUCAUCCAUGUCGCUAGAAGCAGAUGGCAGACGUCAUUACCCCGAAGUAGCGGCGACACAACAGCUAACGGUAGAGGAACCAUUUUUUCAACAGUCGGAAUAUUAUGGAAUAGAUGGCAAUACAGGAGGACCGAAGGAGCAACCAUUCCGUGAAGAGGAAGAGGAGGUUGCUGUUUCAGAAAUUCGAACAGUUGUGCGUACUGAACGACAUGUGCAUGAUUCGGAAGAUGGUGAGCGAAGUUUUAAUACCGGUCCUAUUGUGGAAGAACGCACAAUAACAACUACAUAUGAGGAUGACGUUGCCGUUAAUGAGGAAAUUGUCGACAGGAUAGUGCCUCUCAACGAGGAGGAGCAAGAGAAGUGGGAUCGAAUGGUUCGAGAAGCAGAGAUGAAUUUAGAGCAGCAAAAAGAGCCGAAAGAAGGGACGCUUGAUAGUCAGGUAACACAUGAAGAGAAAAAAGAUGGUGAUGACGGUGUCAUCCUGAAGACUACAAGAAUGGGGAGUAGUCAUGUUUCGCAAUUUUUGCCCGAUGAAGCCAAAACAGCCGCCAAUGAAACAGGACUAAGUAGCAGGGAUGCAAGUAUUGUUAUGACUCCGACAGGAGAGGAGAAGGUUGAUCACAUAGACGUGAUGGAGGAAAAGCGAACUGAUGAAGAGGCUAAAGGGCAGAAUGUUCAUGAAUAA